UGCAACCAAGAACUGAGAGCUUAUAAAGAUGGCGACGUAAUGUUGGGUGGCCUUUUUAGUCUCCAUAUGAUUACCCACGAUAAACAGUGGGAAGUUAAUCCUAGAGAAUUUGGAUUCGCCGAAGCUGUCAUUUUUGCUAUUAAUAGCGUAAACAAGAAUUCCAGUCUUCUACCAAACGUGUCCCUCGGAUAUGACAUAAGAAACUACUGUGACAUUGGGGCACUGGCUAUGAAGAUAGCUUAUGACUUCAAGCGUAAUAGCGAUCCAGUAUGUAUGCAUAAAUCGAACUCCACCAUGUCUUUUGGGAACAGUUCCAUUAUUUGGUCUACCGGGUCAAAGCCCAUCUCAGCGCUUAUCGGUCCUUCCAAUUCCGCCAGCGCGGUCCUGGUAGCAAGCCUACUUCAGGUCGCUGACAUCCCUGCCAUUAGCUCAAUUACAACAAGCUCAGAGUUGAGUUCACAAUUUUACAAAGACUAUUUAAGGACAAUCCCUUCCGAUAAGUGGCGAGCAAAGGUCAUGGCAGACAUCAUAGAGCGCUUUAACUGGACAUACGUGGCAGCUGUUGGGUUAGAGGACUCUUAUGGACUAAACGGAAUUUUGGCGCUAGAAAAAGAAUCGUUCAAGAAUAAUACAUUCUGCAUCGCUUUUUAUGAGUUAAUCUCGCGACUAGACUACCGCGAGAACAUAGAAAAGAUAGUUGCCAGAAUCAACAUGCACCCUGGAAUCGGAGUAAUCAUCGUCUGGCUUUACGACAAAUAUCUCGAGAAAUUCUUAAUGGAGGCAACCAAAGAAGGCUUACAAGGAAAGACUUUGCUAAUGAGCGAUGGAGGCUCUUACGACGAAAAAUUUCUCUCGGACCCACGUUUCUCCAUUCUCAAUGGUUCACUGCUAAUAGAGUCAUACUACUAUCCUGUUCAAGCAUUUAAGGAGCACGUUAAGAGUAUUACUCCUGCAAAAAGCGCCCAGCGCGACGUAAAAUGGUGGAGAGAAAUAUGGCGAUCGCAAUUCAACUGUUCAAUUACCGAAUCGAUUGAUUUCGGGGUUGCCCCUUGUAAGGCCAAUCUCACUCUGGAACGUGCUCUUUUUAAGUUCCUCAGCCCCUACGUGUCUUAUACUAUUGAUGCUGUGUACGCCAUAGCAUAUGCUUUGGAUAACAUUUACCGCUGCACGGCUGAACAAGGUUUUCGAAAUGCAAAUAGUUGUCCUUCGGUCCAUCCGACGAUUAAGGGACGCGAUCUACACAGCUAUCUCAGGAACGUUAGUUUUGAUGGUUUGACCGGAAAAGUGCGAUUUGAUAGUUUUGGGGAUCCUUUCUCUGCUUCAUACAGCAUCAUGAACUUCCAAUGUUCAUCAUCCACAGGAACACGUCUUAGAAAGGUUACGGUGGGAACUUGGAACAAGGACAGCGUGCCUAAACUCAAGAUAAAUACAUCGCAUUUACGUUGGAAAACACUGUCAACUCCGAUGUCUUUCUGUUCAUCUCAAUGCCUACCAGGCACAACAAAGGAAAGCAAAUCGCCUUGUUGUUGGGACUGUGUUAAGUGUCCUCAAGGAACCAUCAGCGCCGAGAUCGGAUCCACGAGCUGCACAGCGUGUGAGCCAGCGACAAAGCCAAACAAUGAGGGCACCAGGUGUGAAAAAUUACCUGUCUUAAACAUCACUCUCACAACCCCCGCGGGAAUGGUCAUAACAGUUACAGCUUCCAUCGGAUUCAUUCUCACCUUGUUAACUUGCCGUAUCUAUGUCAAGUUUCAUAACACCCCUAUCGUGAAGGCUUCUAACAGAGUGAUUUCUUUUCUGUUACUCUUUGGCAUCUCAGGUCUUCAUAUACUAGCCGUCCUCGACCUUUCUCAGCCCAGCAGUAUACUUUGCAUUGCAGCAACUUUCUGGCGUUAUUUUGUCCUCAAUCUGUGUGUUACAGUGCUCUUUACGAAAACGAUGCGGAUUACAAGCGUGUUUGGGGUCGACAAAGUUGCCCAGUUGUUUACACCGUGUUAUAAAACUCAGGGAAGGCAAAUCAUCUUUACUUCUGUCGUGAAUCUAGUCCCAACUUCUCUGUUGGGACUGUGGAUGUCUACUGAUCCGCCUGGGCGCGAGAAGAUCAUCCGUUCAGAUGAGUACAUCUUUCUUCUGUGCAAACCUUAUUACACCGACACUGGCUUCGCACUCUUCAUCACCGUUUCUUGUUACAUAAUUACUGUGGCUCUCUUGUGUACGUACUACGCUUUCAAAGGACGAGGCAUUCCUGAGAACUUUAACGAGACAAAAUACAUAGGAUUCUCUAUGUACAUUCUACUGUUGUCAUCAAUAGCAUAUUACCCAGUGGCGUUUACGUUUGAGAGCAGGUACGUAACACUGGUGUCUUGCCUAACGACGUUAGUAACUUCGCUUGGUUUGUUGGGUUGCAUGUUCGGACCAAAAGUCUACAUCCUCCUUUUCCGCCCACAGCGAAACACGGUGGAACACGUCAGAUCGCAGGUGACGAGUUUUUCGUUU